UCCUGAUUGAAGAGUAACAUCCUAAUGAAUCCAGGCCUGGACUAAUUUGAUGGAAUAAUAAAAGAAGAAGUGCAGACAAGAUAAAAUGUGAAGAUGGAGGAUGAGAGAUGUUAUCAGUCUUUUUUUUCAUCUUUGAUUGAAGUGUUUGUUGUGAAUCUGAGCUGUUGUAGAGGAGUAGAGAUGCUGAACCUGCCGUCACAGUCGUUCCCUGCUGUGAGCUCUCAGCAGAGAGUCGCUUCCUCAGGACAGCCCAGGAACAAGGUGGCACUAAAGCCAGGUCAUAGUCUUAUGGACUGGAUUCGGCUCACUAAAAGUGGCCGAGAUUUGACUGGACUCAAGGGGAGAUUGAUCGAGGUGACAGAAGAGGAACUAAAGAAACACAACACAAGAGAUGACUGUUGGACAUGUAUAAGAGGUAUGGUAUAUAAUGUGAGUGCGUACAUGGAUUUUCACCCUGGUGGGGAUGAGGAGCUGAUGAAGGCAGCUGGUAUUGAUGGCACUGACUUGUUUGACCAGGUCCACCGUUGGGUGAAUUAUGAGUCCAUGUUGAAAGAGUGUCUGGUGGGCAGAAUGGUGGUAAAGGCCAGUACAGCAAUUAAAGCACUGCAACAGAAAGCUGAGAACACACACCUGAAUGGUCUUGGACCUCCUGCUUCUUUGCUGUUGGAUUCAGCAGCCGCUCAAGCGCCGAAAGACAACCGCCCUCGAUAUGACUGGUUCCAGACAGAGGAAACCGUUAAUAUUGUUAUUUACACCAAGCGUAAGAUUCCGAGAUCUGGUUGUACAGUCGUGGACCUUCAAGGAAACAUGCUGCGGAUAGAGGUGCUCUUAGGACACUGGUCAUAUCUACUUCACUGGAGUCUUUCUUACGAAGUAAAAGAAAAUGUUAAUGUUCAGGCAGUGAGUUCGGUCGGGAAGGUCGAGGUGUUCCUGAACAAAGUGCUCAAAGCCAAGUGGACACAAGUGGGUCAACCCCUAGAAUCCCAUGACUCAUUUAUUCAGAGUAAACACCGGGGACUGUUCUACAGAGACUGUGUAUUGGUUUCAAAGAAAGAAGUUACACAUGACACGCAGCUCUUCUGUUUCCGGUUACCCCCUGGAGCACACAUGCACGUUCCUGUGGGGAGACAUGUCUACCUCAAAGCUUCCUUUCAGGGCAGUGAAGUAGUAAAGCCCUACACACCAGUAGACCAGAUCCUCAUGCCCCAGAUUCAAUCCAGCAACACACUGAGCUCUGAAGUCUAUCUGAUGAUUAAGGUCUAUCCUGAUGGAGUGUUCACACAACAUUUAGACAACCUUGACAUCGGAGCCUCUGUGUCCAUGAGCGGCCCAGAAGGUCCCUUUACAGUCAGAAGUCUGCGUGAUGUCACUCAUUUAUACCUCUUAGCUGCUGGCACUGGAUUCACACCCAUGGCUCGCCUCCUCUGCCUCGUCUUACAGGACCUGCCUUCUGUCAGGAAGACCAAGCUGAUGUUCUUCAAUCGGCAAGAGAAAGACAUCCUGUGGUAUUCUCAGCUGGAGCAGCUGUGUGCAGAGGACGAGAGAUUUCAGGUUGAAUACGUUCUUUCGGAGCCUGUGGGCUCAUGGACAGGUAAAAAAGGACGAAUUGAUGCCACAAUGCUGCAGGCAUUCUUGGAAAGAUCCACAGACUCCAAGUGCUUUGUGUGUGUGUGUGGGCCAACUGGUUUCACUGAGCUGGCAGUGCAGCUGGUCAAGCAGCAGGGAUUCAGUGAAAAGGAGAUUCAUGCUUUCAAGAGUUGAAGUACUGAGUCCCUAAGAGUUUGUAAUAAAGAUUUCUAUGCAUCACACACUGCAGAGGCAUUUAGUAAACUCCCGAUGAGAGAUUUGAGGUUGGAAUUCAGCAAUGCUCAAAUACCAGUGCUCCUGUACAAUCGUCUGGAAAUCCUAUGCACAUACUUCAUCUAAGCAUGUCAUGCUUUCGGGUCAUACUUCUGUCAUGGGCCGCUCUUAUUUCAUCUGUAAAUUCUUGAAGGAAUUUUCCAUCGACAGUUGUGAGAUAUAUCACUGCCGUUUUUUGUCAAUUUACAUUUUUUGUUAUAUGGAAUGAUCAUUUUGUUUUGACAGAAUUUAGAUGUCACUCGAUCAGCUUAUGUGGUCAAUAAUGCUAAAUGCAGAUGUAAAUGAGGUUAAAAUGCCAGAUUCAAUUGAAAGGUUAACUGUGCAGAUUCACAAACUGUGAGCUGAAAUGAAACUAAAGUGAUCAUUUUCAUAAAUAUAUUAUAUUUAUUAUUUUAACUUAAACACAUCAUUAUACCAGAAAAGGCCUAACUGUUAACCCAGAUCUUGGGUGUGAAAGUAGUUUCAGAGAUGCAGGGAUGUUUGUUAGAUUAUUAAGUUUUAAUUGCAGCUAGCACUUAAACACUGGAAAAGUGGAACCACUAAAGCAGAGACUAGUAAUGUUUUAGCUUUUUGUCUUUUUUCUUUUGUUGUGUAGAGGACAGACCCAGGCUCGUCUCGCUCGUCUUACCCGAGUCUCCAGAUUAGUCCAUGUCAAGUGAGCCAGCUUACAUUAUAAGACAAAGGGUUCUGUCCGAUUUAGCAGGACACAAUGAGUUUGGAAUUGUAAACAAAAUGAAUAAAAUGUACAAAAUAUCCUAAUAAAAUAAUACAUAAUGUAAAAAAAAUUGUGGCAUGAUAUUUUGUAAAGAAGGACAGCAGGAGGCCUGAGGUACAUAUAUGUAUGUAUGUAUGUAUGUGUAAAUUUAACACCAGUACAUAGAGGGGAAAUUAAUUAAUUUGUAAAAUAUAUAUAUUUUUUAAAUUUAACGUUUUUAACCCAAGGAAUUGAUUGGUUUUGAGAUCGCCUGCGGUGAUGUCCAGUAGAUGGCAGUGUGCGUUAAAAGCGUUUAAUACUCUGGCUUUGACGGGACAGCUAAGAAGCCAGUAGCCGGUGUUGCCAGAUCAGCGGAUUUGGGGUAAUGUGAACAACAGGGAGACUUUGUGUCAGCUGCUUGGGUGUCACCUCUUUAUGUACUAAAUAGUGUGGUUAGGAUAAAAAAUUAACUGUGAAAACUAUAAAUUGUGUAAUAGGACUUGCUUAUGUACGGCAAAUAUUUGUGUUUAUAAUAUAAGUGUUGUAUUUGGGGGUGUUGUAGUGUGGUGUGGUAUGGAUUACCAAUGAGAUGAGUUUGAUUCCCCCUUUC